UCCGAGUCGUGGUACGUGGCGCUGCUGGGCUUGGCCGAGCACUUCCGCACGUCUAGCCCGCCCAAGGUGCGGCUCUGCGUCCACUGCCUCCAGGCCGUGCUGCCCCGCAAGCCCCCCGCUCGGGUCGAAGCCCGCACCCACCUCCAGCUCGGCUCCGUCCUCUACCACCACACGCGCAACGGAGAGCAGGCCCGCGGGCACCUCGAGAAAGCGUGGCUGAUAUCACAACAAAUUCCACAGUUUGAGGAUGUCAAAUUUGAAGCUGCCAGCCUCCUGUCUGAGCUGUAUUGUCAAGAGAAUUCUGUUGACACAGCUAAGCCACUGCUGCGUAAAGCUAUCCAGAUUUCACAGCAGACUCCCUACUGGCACUGUCGUCUUCUUUUUCAGCUUGCGCAACUUCAUACACUUGAAAAAGAUUUGGUAUCAGCCUGUGACCUUUUGGGAGUUGGAGCAGAAUAUGCACGUGUGGUAGGAUCAGAAUAUACAAGAGCACUAUUUCUGUUAAGCAAAGGCAUGCUGCUCCUCAUGGAGAGGAAACUGCAGGAGGUACACCCCCUGCUUACGCUUUGUGGGCAGAUCGUUGAGAACUGGCAGGGGAAUCCCAUCCAGAAAGAGUCGUUGCGGGUGUUCUUCUUGGUACUGCAAGUAACGCAUUACCUGGACGCUGGCCAGGUGAAGAGUGUCAAGCCAUGCCUCAAGCAGCUGCAGCAGUGCAUCCAGACCAUCUCAACUCUUCACGAUGAUGAGAUCCUGCCCAGCAACCCUGCAGACCUCUUCCAUUGGCUGCCCAAGGAGCACAUGUGUGUGCUAGUUUAUCUGGUGACUGUGAUGCACUCCAUGCAGGCUGGAUAUUUGGAGAAGGCCCAGAAAUACACCGAUAAAGCCCUGAUGCAGCUAGAGAAACUCAAAAUGCUCGACUGCAGCCCUAUCUUAUCAUCUUUCCAAGUCAUUUUGUUGGAACACAUCAUCAUGUGCCGUCUUGUCACAGGGCACAAAGCUACAGCCCUACAAGAGAUUUCACAGGUUUGCCAGCUCUGUCAGCAGUCUCCCCGGCUCUUUUCUAAUCACGCCGCCCAGCUCCAUGCUCUUCUGGGGCUGUAUUGCAUUUCUGUGAACUGCAUGGACAACGCAGAAGCACAGUUCACCACAGCACUUCGGCUCACCACCCAUCAGGAAUUGUGGGCUUUUAUUGUGACAAACUUGGCAAGUGUCUAUAUCAGGGAAGGAAACCGGCAUCAAGAACUUUAUAGUUUGUUGGAAAGGAUAAACCCAGACCACAAUUUUCCUGUGAGCUCUCACUGCCUCCGAGCUGCUGCUUUCUAUAUCCGAGGGCUGUUCUCCUUCUUUCAAGGAAGGUACAAUGAAGCCAAGCGUUUUUUACGAGAGACGCUAAAAAUGUCAAAUGCAGAAGAUCUAAACCGAUUAACAGCAUGCUCUCUUGUUCUUCUGGGUCACAUCUUCUACGUGUUAGGGAAUCACAGGGAGAGUAACAACAUGGUAGUCCCAGCCAUGCAGCUGGCCAGCAAGAUCCCAGACAUGUCUGUGCAGCUGUGGUCAUCGGCCCUCCUGAGAGACCUAAACAAAGCAUGUGGGAAUGCUAUCGACGCCCACGAGGCAGCGCAAAUGCACCAGAACUUUUCCCAGCAGCUGCUCCAGGACCACAUUGAGGCCUGUAGCCUCCCAGAGCACAACCUUAUCACUUGGACAGAUGGGCCCCCACCAGUACAGUUUCAGGCACAAAAUGGACCCACCACCAGCCUGGCCAGUCUGUUGUGAACAUGCCGUCUUCACUUGGGAAGAGGAUGGAAUCUUUUUAUACACUCAGCUUUUUUUAAACAAAAGGAUGGGCAGCAAACACUUCUCCAAGCCCUGUAGGAGUUGCAUUGAGGUUACAUUUCAUAGACUCACAGUUUGGCAUGGCCAUUCUGAGCUCCUUUUUAAGGUUUGUGUGUGUGUGUUGGUCACCUAGGUUGCAGGGAUCUGUGUGUAGGUAAACACAUACACAGUGUUGUAAGAGGCAUCCCUUCCUAUUUCUCAGAAUCUGGUUUUACAUGAUGCAGAUAAACAAGUGCCCCUUCAGUUAAGAAGAUGCGUUUAAAAGAGAAAGAAAAAGAAAGCAGCCCCUAUAAUGAAGGAAAGGAGUCAGUAUAGUUAGGUUGGGACGGAAAAGAAAAAGCCAUGCCUGCUUCCUUGCUAAUUAAAACUGCCCCUGAAAAUGCCAUGUGCCUAUAUUUUUAUAAAGGCUCUGUUGCCCUUUGUAUUAUCCAAGCUGCUAGAUUUGCUUCUUGAGGACACUUGCUCUACAAAUACCUAUAGUGGGCGCAUCUUUUACUACAUAGCAUAGUCCCCGCUCUCCUGCAGGAAUUGUUCUGCCUCUGUUUGCUCACCUUAUCAUGGAAAGAACCCAGCAAAAUGGUAAAGUAAAAUGAGAGGCCUUUCCUUCAUUAGGCCACUUCAGGGAACUUGUGCUCUGCAUUCUUGAGAAAUAUGGGAAUCCAUAUUGGAGCAAAGCUUACAGUAAUCAGCCUCUUGUUAGUGUUUAAGUGCCUGUUUGGUUUCUUAAAAGGUACAUGCCUUUCCUCCAGGAGAUCCUUUUGUUUUUCCUCAAGACACUUCACCAAUUUGGGUAAAAUCAGUGAUUUGCCAUUUUCUCUUUUGGGAAGGUGACAAGACCUUUACCCCUCUCUUCAACUCUUGGGUCUUGAGGAGUUGGAAAUAAGGACCAAUGGAGGCUUGGACUGUAAGCUGGCCUGAUGUGGAUUCGUGCGAUUGGUUUGAUUGAUGUGCUGCGGUCGGGUCUUCCGAGACUCUCGCAGAAGCGUAGAAAGUUGUAUCAGGCACUGAAUUCAGCUUCUGAGAAUCUCGGCAUUCAGGAUUUUUUUAACAAGAAAGCUUUUAGCCCAUAAUAGCUGCAAAAUUACACUUGAAGGGAUACGGGAGAUAACUUCCAACAUCACAGACUCAAAAAGGGAAGCUUGAACAAGUUUUCCAGUGAUUGGGAUAGAAAUUCUGUGCCCUUACCCUUCCCACAGCUAGCAAAAUGAACAUAUGCAAAAUACCUAAUUUGGAUUAUUAUGCAAAAUGAUUAUGCAAAUGACUUCAUUUGCAUAAAUUACGUUACACUAGAAUCCAGCUUUUCCAACUACAGAACUUUUUAUUAUUUUACUUUAAGGCAGGGGCACAACCCUGCUUCUCGUGUGAUAUGUGUGUGUCCAUUUUAAAAGGAAAUAGUUUAUCUUGUUACUAGUUGAAGUGAAUUCUUAAUCAUGGAUUUUUAUCAAUAUUUAUCAUCCAAAAGUUACAACCAAUAUCCCCUAAUCAUGCGCUUUUGAUACUUUCAGGAAUGAUGCAAUCCAGUUCCCUUCUGAAGUAGGUUGAUGUGUAAAAAGAAAGUUGUUUAUAACAUAUUGAAGGAGAAAUAGGGGAAGGAAAGUACAGGAUAAGAAGUAACUAAAAGAACUGAAAGAGGAAGAACUGGUAUUGUUAAACUUUAAUUUUCUCUAUUAUUUGGAAUGUAUGCCUGUUUGUAGCAUUCCUUAACAGAUACUGGCAAAAUACAGUCUCCCUCCCUUUUUUCUUCUCCCUAAGAGAAUAGCAACAAAUGCUUGUUAUCUCAUGUCAGCACAGACUGAACAUUUACUUACUCCUGAUGAAAUGCACUGUGUGAGAUUUGUUCCAUAUUUUGGAUCCUUAAAAAAAAAAAA